GUAUAUGUAACUGAGGAGAGGUAUAUAAUAUACCUCACGAGAGCUGACACUUGCGUCCCCUCAUUACCAACAGAGGCCACUGGGGGCGCUGUGUCAGGUCACUAUGUGGAUCCGGGCGCUGUUGCUUCGGGGUUCGGGAUGUUGGGGGUUGGUGCCCGGGAAAGUCCGGGGGCUGAGCUCAGGAAGGCGGGAGGUGCAGACCGCUCAUCUGGAGGGCAGCAAUGCGGGCAUUGCUGAGAUAGUUAUGUGCAGACCACACGCCAGGAACGCACUGGGAAGACUCUUCGUAAAUGAGUUUUUUCAGACUAUUGAAACCCUCCGUCAUGACUCCAGCGUUCGCGUGGUGGUGGUUCGAAGUAUAGUACCAGGCGUUUUCUGCGCAGGCGCAGAUUUGAAGGAGAGAGCAAAACUGGACAAUGAAGAAGUGUCACUAUUUGUGCAGGGCUUGAGGAAUCUGAUGAGUGAGAUUGCUGCCCUGCCAAUGCCCACCAUUGCUGCGCUGGAUGGUCAUGCACUGGGUGGGGGUCUGGAGCUGGCACUAGCAUGUGAUCUCCGUGUAGCAGCUUCUUCUGCUAAGCUGGGGCUGAUUGAGACAACGCGAGGACUUCUGCCAGGAGCAGGCGGCUCUCAGCGACUGCCGCGGCUUCUUGGCAUUGGUCUGGCUAAAGAACUGAUUUUCACUGGGCGGCAAAUUGAGGCUGAGCAAGCUGAGCACAUUGGUCUAGUGAAUCAUGCAGUGCCGCAAAAUGCCGAUGGAGACGCUGCUUACAAGAGAGCGCUAGAGCUGGCACAGGAAAUCCUUCCACAGGCUCCAGUUGCUGUGAGGAUGGCUAAGCUGGCAAUCAGCAGGGGCUACGAGGUGGACAUCUCAUCAGGAAUGGCUAUUGAGGGCAUGUGCUACGGGCAGCUUUGCACUCUGUGCUGUGAAGGUCUGGUUAGGAAUACACAUACAAGAGAAGCACUCUACCAAUAACGAACAAAACAAUGGCUGGUAAUGGUCAUUCCUACAAAGGAUCGUUUGGAAGGGAUGGCAGCAUUCAAAGAAAAACGCCAGCCUCAUUACACUGGAGAGUAACUGCACUAGAUGGGAUCUGUUUGUUUGUUGUUAAUAAAUAGCAACCUGGUAUAUGUUACCGCCAUCUUUUUAUAUAUGAUCAAACUUAAUGCAAAAUUUUAACAGUGUUACCUAAGCUUUUUUUCUUAUAUACAUGUACUUUUGUAAGCCAGGACCGAAGUAAAACAGUCACACCAUACAGAAAGUGCCAUGGCAGCAUAUAAUGGCUUUCCUGAGACUGUAAAACUGUUAGUAGAUUUAAAAUAAUUUAUAGCUGGCUGUGCUAAAACGAAAAGGAUAAAAAUAUAGGGACAUACAUGUAACCAUCCAAAUAAAAAUGCUUAUUCAAUCAAACAAAUAGAAAUAUGCUCUUAGAGAAGACCCGUAUUUCACGUUGAUUUGUACCCAUGCAUUUUUCAAUUUUGACCUUUAUAUCCCUUUAAAGGGUUAGGAAAGUAAAAAUUAAACUUGUAUGAUUAAAAAAAAAAGCAUUUCAUUGUAAGCCACACUUAAAUAAACUCACUUCUAUUUUCAAAAUGUG